UUCGUGCGAUGCGCACGUGUUUCGUCGCUCGCUAGUUCACAACAUCGUAAACGAAACUUUUGGAAUGAAAAUUUUUAAUUAACUGAAACACAUUUUUUAUUGUUCCGCGUGUGAUAGUGGUUUUGUACUUUAUUGUUGUAUACGGUUUUUGAGUUGUUCUGUGGAUUUUGAGUGGAUAUUUUUUUGGAUUUUGGGUAGUCCCCAAAUUAUGUAAAGCAGAGAGCUCAUCAACAAAUGGGUUCUACACUACGCCUAUGACAGCGCAGAGUGGAGGCAUGGAUGGACCGUAGGAUGCGCGUCUCUGCGGCGCUCAUAUACUUCAUGACUAUUUUCAUACCCAUAGCUUCAUUCGUGCCUGGGACCGAUGGCCCGGUUUCAAGGCAGGACUCCUUGGAGGGUGGCAGUACUACGUUAUACUGCGACUCAACACCCGACACUAUAAAUGAUGAAUUGAUGCUUCUAGUCUGGUACAAAGACAAUGUACCUAUUUAUAGUUUCGACGCGCGUACGGGCACUGAAUGGUCCAGUGCUUCAUUUAAUACCAGCAGUCGAUUAAAAGCAGAUGUCGGCCAGCAGCCAACUAAAUUAGUGAUAUCAGACUUGAGAGGAGAUGACCAGGCCCUGUACCAUUGCCGCGUGGACUUCCUUCAAGCUCCUACCAGAAAUAUAGGUGUUAAUUUAACUGUUAUAGUGUUACCAAGCCAACCGUUUUUCCUGGAUGAAUUGGGGAACAAAGUUGAAAAUAAGAUUGGACCAUAUCACGAGGGAGAUACCUUAGUUUUAAGCUGUCUUGUUAUCGGAGGAAGGCCUCCACCACGAAUUAGUUGGUAUUCCGGUGAAGACCUGGUCGACGCAUCGGACGGCAUAAGCGACAUUCCCGGUGUACGGGAAAAUGAACUCUAUCUCCCGUUAACAAGGGACAAUGCGCAAUCACUCUCGUGCAGAGCCAGCAACACACAUCUCACUCAACCAGUUAUUACUGCGUUGGAAAUUGAAUUAUACUUAUCUGCGUACAAUGUGUCCAUACAUUGGGUUCGCGGGACGUACGGAGACGUGCUGCAGGCGGGGAAACCCGCGGUCGCAAGGUGUAUAGCGCAUGGCUCUUACCCACCACCUGAUGUUCUGUGGUGGUUAGAUAAUAAGCAUCUGACGCAGCAUAGCAACCAGAGCGUCAACAAUUCAUCUCAAACAGCGGUCUCGUAUUUGGAAUUAACGCCAUCUGUGAUCGACAAUGGCGCAACUCUAGCGUGCAUAGCAACCAACACUGUCAUGGCGCCCGGCAGAGACUCCAAAGCUGAUGUCGUUGUACUGAACGUUACCUAUAGCCCAAUAGUAGAAAUAAUAAAAGAAGGAGAUGGAAGACUGAACGAGAUCUUGGAGCUGGACCAACUGCAUUUGAUAUGCGAUACAAAAGCUAACCCACCUGUUGAAAACUACACUUGGUAUUUUAAUGAAAUAGAGAUUAAACCAAACAGCAUAUGGGGCAGUGAGACGAACAACCAAGCUCUCAUCGUAGAAGAAGCUGAUCGGAAGCAUGCUGGGCGCUACUCCUGCUCUGCUAGCAACAGCGUUGGUGAAACAAGAUCUGAAUUCAUUAGUAUUAUUGUUUAUUAUCCACCGGAAUGUAUAAGCUCAGGAAUUAGUUUAGUUAAAGAAACAUUGAAAUGUAACGUUCGGGGCUUGCCAGAACCCGAUACGUUCUUUUGGCACAUUCAGCCAUCUGAUGAGGAGAUGCAGCAUCUUACAACUGGGUCUCCAAUCUUGCCACUAAGCCAAAUAACCGGGACAUUAUCCCAUACUAUAGAUGCCAGUUGCGAAGCUGGUAACGGCAUUGCAUCUCAAGAAAAACCAUGUAAGAAAUUAUUCACGUUGGAACAGUUGAGACCUCCCCAACCUCAGCAAUGUGAUCUGGCGUAUGAAUAUGAGGAAUUUCAAAUGAGAUGUGUUCCAGUUGAAAAUGCCACAUACUAUGAAGUGUCUGUGUGGCGAAUGUCUACUUCGAAUGCAUCAUUGUUUCUCGAACGGCGAGGCGCAAUGGGGUUUGGAGUAAGCCAAGCCCUAGCGCAGGGGGGCGGAGUGCCCUGGCUUGUCAGAGGACCCUUAGGAACCUUGAAAAUUGGGGAUGAAGCUGGAGCUUCCGCGUGUAAUAGAUAUGGGUGUUCCAGGGCUUUGCUUUUACGGCCUACUGAGAAUUUGUUACAUGCAGCUGGCGCUCCAUGGUGGAAAUUUCUCCUGGACAGAGAUGUUGGUAUAUCCGUUGGGGCAAUCGUGCUCGUGAUAGUAUUUAUUACGUCAACAACACUUCUAGUGAGACUCGUGCGCCGGUCACGAAGCAAGCCAGCUCCUGUCAUCCAGGUGCUGCAGUUGGAUGACGUCGCUAGAGACUACUUGGAUACGAUAGGAGAACAUAAAGUCCACGCAUCCCACAGUCUAAGAUCAUGCAGCAGUGGAUAUUCUGAUGGUUCCGGGGAGACUGCACCCACACUGGACAGGCGAAGGAAACCACGCACGAUAUGGGAGUGGGACCCACCACCACCAGACGUGACUUUAACGCUACAUAGGGAGAGUGCAGUGUAAAUAAGAAAUUAAUAUUAUACUCUAUUUAUGAUAAUAAAUUGUUGAACUGCC